AAGUCUGAGGGGCUUUCAUGCCCACAAAUUUAUCUAGGAGGGUUUACGCCUCAUAUUUUUAUAUUAUCAGCUGCUCCUCAUGUCAAUAGGUUAUCCCUCUGUAGACUAAAACUAUUUACUGUGCCUAGCGGGUUCCUUACAUUUUUCUAUAUAAGUAGUUCCCACAUCCUCUCUUCCUCCACACCACAUUCGAGGCUUUAGAAAAGAGAGUUUAGAAAGUGAUCGCUGUAAUUAAGUUGCAAGUGAAGAGAGAAAGAGAAUAAGAAAAUGGGUGUUGUGCAGAAAGUUUUGGUUGUGGGUGUCUUUGCAGUGCUGUUCAUGACAACAUUAAUGGCGAAGGGAACAGAUGCAGUGGACUGCAAUUCGGUGGUGGGAGCAGUGAUUCCAUGCUACUCGUUUCUGCAGACGAAUGGAAUGGGGCAGCCCUCUGCGCAGUGUUGCAGUGGGGUGAAGAAGCUGGCUACAAUGGGUAAGACCUCUGCUGUGAAGAGACAGAUUUGUUCCUGUCUCAAACCCAAAAUAGCCUCUUCCCCUGCACUCAACAAUAAUGCACUCAACAAUCUUCCUAUCAAGUGUAACGCUGGUGUUGGCUUCAAAAUCAGCAAGAAUAUCAAUUGCAACACUCUGUAAGCUCCAGCUCACGGUGUGGCAGCUCUAUGGGAAGAGCGGAGUAAAGUAGUAUUACAGCUGGGUACUGCAUGAUAGUUAUAGUUUCUAUGCAGUUUGUUGUGGAUAAAUAAUGAGCGUGGAGGUUGAUCACUUCACUGCGAAUCUCUUAGCUUUUGUUAUGUAUGUUGCUUGAGAUAUUGAAAUAUAUAUUAUGUUAUAGACCGAA